GCCCCGCAAGCAGACGCCGUCCCGACCAUCCGGGCCGCCCUUUCCGCGGUUUGGUAGUGAGUGAGCGAGUGAGUGAGUGAGGCCGGGUCCAGUUCCCUCUCCGGCCGCCGCCAUGGGCUGCACGUUGAGCGCCGAAGACAAGGCGGCGGUGGAGCGGAGCAAGAUGAUCGACCGCAACUUGCGGGAGGACGGGGAGAAAGCGGCCAAAGAAGUGAAGCUGCUGCUGCUCGGUGCUGGAGAGUCUGGUAAAAGUACCAUUGUGAAACAAAUGAAAAUCAUUCAUGAGGAUGGCUAUUCAGAGGAAGAAUGUAAACAAUAUAAAGUAGUUGUCUACAGCAAUACGAUUCAGUCCAUCAUUGCAAUUAUAAGAGCCAUGGGACGGUUAAAGAUUGAUUUCGGGGAAGCUGCCAGAGCAGAUGAUGCACGGCAGUUAUUUGUUUUAGCUGGCAGUGCUGAAGAAGGAGUCAUGACUGCAGAACUAGCAGGAGUGAUUAAACGAUUAUGGAGAGAUGGUGGGGUGCAAGCAUGCUUCAGUAGAUCCAGGGAAUAUCAACUCAAUGAUUCUGCUUCAUAUUACCUAAAUGAUUUGGAUAGAAUAUCCCAAACCAACUACAUUCCAACUCAGCAAGAUGUGCUUCGGACAAGAGUGAAGACCACAGGUAUUGUGGAAACCCAUUUCACCUUCAAAGAACUGUAUUUCAAGAUGUUUGAUGUAGGUGGCCAAAGAUCAGAACGAAAAAAAUGGAUUCACUGUUUUGAAGGAGUAACAGCUAUUAUCUUCUGUGUAGCUCUCAGUGACUAUGACCUUGUUCUGGCUGAGGAUGAAGAAAUGAACCGAAUGCAUGAAAGCAUGAAACUGUUUGACAGCAUUUGUAACAACAAAUGGUUUACAGAUACUUCAAUCAUUCUCUUCCUAAACAAGAAAGACCUCUUUGAGGAAAAAAUUAAAAGGAGUCCGUUAACAAUCUGUUAUCCAGAAUAUACAGGUUCCAAUACAUAUGAAGAGGCAGCUGCUUACAUACAGUGCCAGUUUGAAGAUCUGAAUAGAAGAAAAGACACCAAGGAGAUCUACACUCACUUUACCUGUGCCACAGACACCAAAAAUGUGCAGUUUGUUUUUGAUGCUGUUACAGAUGUCAUCAUUAAAAACAACCUAAAGGAAUGUGGACUUUAUUAAAAAGGGUGGAUGCUAGUAAAAGUUACUACAGUGUGGAGUGUUGAGACCAGACAUCUUUUGCUGUCUCUUGGGGCAGCUGAAAGCAUGACGGGACCAGGGAAUGGCAGCAGCAUGCAGAAUCUUAGCACUCUUUAGCACAAUCUUCUGUAUUAGGGAACUUUUAAAAUCACAUGAGAUGCUCAAGUCAGACAUUGGAAUUGGAACAACUUUAAAGUAUGAUUGGAUCAUCAAGACAUCACUUGGAUUUUGUAAUCACAAAUGUUUAGGGCAUAUAUGAAGUUGAGGUGCUGCAUUCCAGAACUUAAAUAUGUAGCUUACUUUAUUUUCUUUAACAAAUCACUGGUAUUUCAUUUCUAAAGUUUUUUUUCUCAUCCAGAGAAGAAUAACUCUACUAAACCUUACUUCUUUGUUUGCAAAAGAAUCUUUAUUAAAAUACAAAGAAUCUUAACUAUGCACAUUAUGUGACCAGAUCAUCUUGAAAAUACUCCUCUUAGUAGGAACUCUUUGUUUUUAACUCUUGGUAUAGUCAAGAUAGAAUAUUUCCACAAUUCUUAAAAUUCCCAGUUAUUAGGGCUAUAAAUACAGCUUUUUUGGAUUAAAUUUGUUACUAUCCUAUUCAGAGUACCAUGAUGGUUUCUAAACAGUAUUGACACUGGAAAGUUCUGCAAUAAGAUUCUAGCUCUCUAAGCUUCCAGUGGAAGAUUAACUUUGUUUAUGCUAUUUACCAAAUUAUUAGGUGAAUGCUAAUGUAUGAUAAAGUCAGCUUCUUGGUUACAGACACAUCCAGGGCAGCUGUUGAUUAGAAAUGCAAUUUGCUAAAUUCCAAACAGAACCAGUGACUUUGCUGCUACUUAUCUUUUAAAUAGACCACAUUGACUCUUGCUUGUUUGUCUCAAUCAUAGGGAGUUUUGUACAGGGUGCCUGCAACUUAUUUUCCAUCUUCAAGACCUUUUUCGUGGGGAGACAUCUAAAAUAUAUUAACAGUGCAUGCUUUUACUUUGUAAAUGUGGUGCCAAAUCCCUGUUUGCCAUUGUUUUUAAUGUAGUGAUGUUAACUGUAGUAGUAAUCUGUAGUCAGUACAUUCUUUUACCAAAACUUGCAUUUGGGGACUUUUUUCCACUUUGGCAUGUACAGAUUUUAAUCUGUUAUACUUGGCAGCAGUAUUAAAGUGGUGAGUAAAGAGUC